AUGGCUCGACUGAAUGAGCCCGCGGCGGCGCCGACAGAAACGAUAGAAUCUCUUAAACGCAAGUUUAUGCGCCAGAAUCGGGACAUAGCUCGAGCUAAUUCGACUCAAUCACUACGAAUUCGAAAUCUCGAGAACGAAACCUCUAGGCUACUGGCAGAAAACUUGGGGCUCCGGGGACAAAUACUGCAACUGCAGGGAGAGCUUGAAAAUGGAAGAUCCCAGCGUAUAGCUCAACAUACCGGUGUUUUAAAGUCACAAUUGGAGGCGAAACUUCUCGAAAUAGGCGCAUUACUUUCUGGGAUUGGAGAAGUGCCUUCUCCGCAACGGAAAUCUCGGCAGAGUGGGAGAAUCUCACGAACCAGUCCGACCACGAGUCUGGAUCAUAAGAACUGGAAGAAUAUUUGCAGUCUGAGUGAAGCAGUUGCGGGUGGGGAGGGAAGAUUGCCUCCUAUUCUGGAGAAUAAGUCUUACCCCAGACGAACUUUAGAGCAUCAAGAAAUCGUGAAUCUAGUAGCGAAUACUGAGACCGAUAUUACUGACUCUCCCGAGAUUGGACCACCACCCGUAUCACAGUUUGUGGAUGAAGACCCGGUUAAGAUUGACCUACCACUACGGACCAAGAAGGAGGAUAGCGAAGAAAAUACUGACUUAGAUCCUGCGCUUUCAAUCAAUCUUGAGCAAAGAAGAAAGCGUAAAGAGAGUACAAGCGUGGAACCGAGGCGAAUGGGGAAACCAGAAUCAACACCUGACAUUGGGGAAGCAUCUGGACCACUGAAGACUGGAGCGAAGAGGAAACUUAACGUCCGUGAUGAUGAAGAACCCAUCUCCAGCCGAAACCGGCCCAGCUCUCCAGAUGACUUCAAGUACACUCGUGUGACCAACGAUGACAAGUCAAAGAACAAAACCCUUGCCAAAACUGAAAAAGUUAGCAAUAGGUCGACUAGAGAGCUCGCUAUUGCUAGGGGUGCCCCUCGAGAUAAAGUAACUGCCAUUUCUAAUAGGAAGAUUCUGGCGCCAAAAAGUGUGAACGACUCGCCCCGGAAAAAAGUUUUGGCCACCGAUGAGACCAAAGUAAACAAAUCGGACCAUAGGAAGCUAGAAUCUUUAAAGGACAGAGCAAGGGAGAAGAAGCGGGAGAAGGUUUGCGCUCAACCCUCGCCUGAUCCUGUUCUCGAUACCAUCGAAAUCCAACCUGAGCCGGAAACUCCAGCAGCAAUAGCCGAUUUCUCACCAGAGUCAUCACAACCACCAUCGACAGCCAGGGUUGAGUCAAGGGAUACACCUCCUCCCUCUGAUCUGGGAACUAGUGGUGAGGCCCAGCGACCGAGCCGUCGAGCUCGUGGAAGUGUCAGCUAUGCCGAGCCUAGUCUUCGGGAUAAGAUGCGUAGACCAACUAAGGAUCUAGUCGAUGCGGUUGUACCAGGGCAAAAGUCUCGCAGCAUUAUGAAGCAGGAGGAACCAAAUACAGUCACAUUGACCAUAAAAGCAGAACCGGAAGCUGAUGACGCAUGGAAAUCUAUGCCAGCUGCUUCUUCGGCCACGGUCGAGAAUAGUCCAUUGAGAAACAAGAACCCAGGACUCGAAUUGCUGCCUAGCAGUAUAACAACUCACAGAAAACGACGAGAAUCUAUUCUGAACCAGACAGAGCCAGACGCCUCCCAAACAACUUCAGGUAGUGCGAUAGCGGCACUUCUUGCAGAGACUAGGAGAGUGAAAGCUGCAGCGAGAGAGAAAGAGAAGACGUCAGACAAGGAAGCAGUGCUGACGAAGAGCAUGGCCAAUCUAGACAUUUACGAGUUUAGAGGCUCCUCUCCUUCUUCAGCAGCAGCACCGCAAUUGAUGACCAGAGAGGAUAAAGCACCAAUACGUGUUUCUAGAAGACACUCCACCUUGUCUCGAGACCAUCCGCAACAGAGCGAUAGCGAGGCUUCGGAUAUGGAAGCAACCAAAAGAUCUGACAGUGCCACAUCUCGUCGAAGGCAGUCAACUCUGGGGUUGAGGGCCUCUUCAUCGGAUAUGGCGACCAUGAAGGAGCGCGAGGAGGACAGGUCGCUGAAGAGGUCUUCCAGCACCAAUGGCAUGGUUGAUCCAGGAGUUGGUGCUUCUAGAAGUGACAGGAUUUCGGCACGAAGGAGGAGCAUGAUGUUAUGA